GCGUGUCGCACACGAACCCAACGAAUGCAAAGGGUGUGGAGUGACGGUAUUCCUGCCGGAGACAUGGACGAAGCGACGCUCCUGGCACUCCAAGCUCAGGAAGUGGAGGAGAUGCGUAAAGCGCACCAGUUGGAGCUGCAUCUGCAUGACGUGGAAAGGGCGGUGCUCGACAAAUCCGCCAACAACGAAGCGGCCGAGAGGGCGGACCUGAAGGCAAGGCAUGAGAUGGAACAUGACGCCCUGCACAAGCAGUGGCUGCAGUCCCAUUACGACCUGGAAGGAAAGAAGCAGUUCGAGAUGCAGCAUCUCGUGGCCAAGCAGCGCCACGCAAACAACGUGAUGAGGGAGCACGAACUGUUGGACGAAGACUCGCUGAAGAGGAUGCAAGGCCUGGAAGUUUCGCUCCUCGAGGGGAAGUUGGCUCGGGAACGCGAACUGCGUCGCAUCCAGGGCCAAGUCGAAAAUGAUAUGUUGAAGACGAAGCAGUGCUUUGAGGAAACCAGCCUCGAGUCCAAGCAUGAGAAGCAGCGACGGGCUCUGCGCCAGAAGCAACAUGGAUCGGUCGCCUCCGCGCAGCGCAAUGACCACGCGUGGACGAGAAUCGUUGACGAUGACAAUGCCCCCGCCAAGAUGGUUUCCGAUUAACCGCAGCCUUCCUCCACAUGACGGCCCUCGAUCGCUUGGACGGCAGUACCAUCACUUGCCUUGCUAUGAGGGUACAUCGCACGUCGCCACGGUGCGAUUAGCGACUGCGUCAUGUGCAGUUGAGAAUGCGCCCGCCCGUGGGCCAUCUUCGCAUGGUGCAAUUGGCCGAUCGAUCUGCCUGCCUUCCAAAGAUCGCAAGUACUACUAAAAUAUAAUUGCUAAUAUCCCGAGUUUGU